UAGAAAUGGUUAAGAAGCAACGACGUACUUCUAGAGAUGAAGCUCCGAAGGCUGAUAACGAAAAAAUAAUAGAAGAUAGUGCUGGAAUAGUUUUCUAUGCGGUGAAGGAGAUUGAUGACAAUCUCGUAGAACUUGUCAGG